AAGAGCUUGCUGAACAUAACAAUCUCAAAAAGAAUCAUCGUAUCUCUUAAGUAAGUAAAUGAAUCCCUAAUUUCUAUUUUUUUGCAGUUCUUUUGUGGCUUACGACUAAACCCCUCAAAGAACAUUACGCGUGCGAUGUUUCUAUGGCUCGUUCGGUGCUCGAGGGCUUUGACAAAAUCGAUUAUACUCUCUUUUUUCCAUAAGAACACAUUUUAUGAAAAUAUCGCGGCUGAAAUUUGCGAAUUUAAGAAUAUUUUAAGAAUAAACCCGAGGCUGAGAUUUUGAAAAGGACAUAAUUUUUGUGUUGAAAAUCUGUUGAUAAAAUGCAAUGAGUUAUGCAUGUGUUUUAAGUAACUAAUAAAAUUACUCCUUUCUCUAAACGGCAAAACUACAGGGGCACCCAUCGACUUAACCUGAGAUCAGGCUCUAUUUUCGUUUCGCUUUGAAAAUUACAUUCCGGCGGGCAACGUUAGAGAGAAUGUAUGAGAACCGCUCAAAUUGGGCCUGAUCUCAGGUUACCAACGACUGUUUUCUUUAAAAUAUCUGUUCGGAGAAACAAAUAUUGCGUAGAAUUUUCUAUUGCCUGAGGACGGCUAAAAAUUUCUAGAUGAAAGUUCCACUCAUGAACUUUCGAAGCUUACAGUAAACACCCACGUAUAAGAACCUAGAUUUUUCCAACUUAGCCUAAAUAGAUUCUUACAGAAAUGGUAUUUAGUGGGAUUUUAGGCUACUUAGGUUCUUAAAUGGGUUCUAAAUUUUGAUAGGGGCACCAGCGAUCAGCACAGAUAACUAUACUACAGGGCAUAUGUGAUAUGGAAUAUGUUGCUGUAUUAAAUAAUUAUCUAGAAUACAAUUUAGAUGAUAACAUGCAGUAAUUUUAUCUUUCCAAAGUACUUGCAUGCAUGUCUUUCAUGCUGUAGUAUCCAUAAAAUGCCGUGUUACAUUUUGAAUCAUACUGACUGAAACUUAGAUUUAAUAUUUUUUCCGGCUGUAUUUUAAUCUCGACUGCCUGCAUUUUUGUAAAAUAAGAACCUAUUGAAAAUUUUAGGCUAAAUAGGUUCUUAUGAAAAGGGGGUUCAAAAUGAAAAUUUUAGCCUAACAGGUUCUUAAAUUGUAGGUUCUUAUAUGUAGGUUUUUACUGUAUCUAACAAAUUCCCUACGAUUUUCUGAAGUUUAAUUUUCACAUUUCACUCCUUAAGUUAGGCUAUUUUUCGUAGAGAAAAGGAAGCCUCAAAUUUUCGGACUAAAAAAUGCAGUAGAGUGAGAAAUCAGAAAAUGUUUCACGUUCGUAAUACUUCAAAUUGCAUCUAAAAUAUUCGGGAAAAUAAUACUUUCGAAAAGGCUCAAGUUUCCCUUCGGGAAGACCCAACAGAUACAAUUUUUAUAGUGCCGCUUAAAAUGCAUUUCUAGACAUCUAAAAGUACUGUGGAUAGCUUAAAUAGUGUUUUCAAUGUAUUAAGGAGCAAACCGUUGUUGGGUGUCCCUGAAACUAGCCUACAAAACGAAAAAAACAGCACUAAGUAAAGCCAAAUCAGUUCAAUGCUAAUAACAGUUCGAUGAAAGGUACCUGCAAUACUUAUGGACAGUGCCUCCUUAGGUUAAUUUAAGAAUAAUACAAGAAUUUUCAGCCUUAAAUGGGCAGAAAAACAAGAAUAUACAGCCUGGACCGGAAAAACAAACAUUCUUGUAUAAAAUAAGGGAGUAAAUUUUUCUGACAUAAAUGUAAAAGAAAAAAGUUUAAAAGGAACCCAUCUUUGUAUGCAGACAUUACUGGCCAGCUUGGGUGUGGUCAUAGGGCAAAAUUCAGCCCCUCAGUGGGGGUGGGAGGGGGGCCUAAGGGCGAAAUUCACCCCACAGUAGCGGGGAGGGGAAAGAGGCUUCUGAAAAUAGCAAAUAGCAGCUAUUCUAGAUACCAAAUCCCCUCAUCAUCAUCAGGUUGAGCUAGCUCAGACAACCUGAAUGGUCUAUUUCCCAGCAACACUUUCCUUCCAAGGACAUAUAAUUUUUUCCAAAUCUCCCAGCCAGGAAAAAAUUUGACUGAAAGAAAAGAUAUUUUGAGGAACAGAUCCAUCGGGUGCCCCUAUAUAUGCUUAAUAUGCUGUUUUGUAAGUGUUUUUUGCAAGUGAUUAGAAAAAGAACAGUGUCGGAAAGAAUAUCUAACCGAGAACCUCGCCCUUAUCCAUUUGAUGUGUGAAGUCAGUAUAGUCAAACCUCCCGUACUGAAUGAUCACCUAAUCCAUGCGAAGAUUUAGUGGUAGCCUACGGGAGGUGCGGCUGCUUACGACAAUCAAACAACCACAGGGGAUCUUUUCGGGAAGAGGUCCACCGAAAGCAUAUAUAUAUACUUUAUCGAGAAUAAUUUAUUGCAAGCUAAUUCUAAGAUACUAUAUGUGUAGUUCCAUGUUGUCACUAAAAGCUCUUCGUAUUUUUUGAGUAGCAUAGUAAAUAGAGCGAACAUAGAGAUCAGACUAUAUAUCAAUUGGUCGCUUGCAAGAGGUUAAAAACUAUAGAAAAUUAUAAAACCCUCAGCACCAAAAAGUGGUCGCGGCCUUUUACGUAUACAGGAGGUGGUCGUUUACAAGAGGUUCCAACAGGCUUUGACUGGAAAAAGUUUUGUGUUUUGGAUAAGUGGUCGCUUAAGGGAGGUGGUCGCUUACGAGAGUUGGUCGUAAAUGGAGGUUCGACUGGAUUUGGUUUCCUAUAUCACGACAAUUUUCACAAUGAAUUGAUGCGAAACAAAGGCCAAUUUUUUUUGGUUAUUUCGAUUGCAAGACUGCACAAGACUGAAACUUUACAACUGGUCUAAUUCACCAUGAGCAUUUCUACAAAAGAGGUCUCAAACGGUUGAGCUAUAAUCUGGGUUGUAUUCACCGCGCUGGCUGUUGUAUUUAAACGCCUGUUCAUUUAAUUUUAUUCAGUUGGAUACUCGAAAGAAGUGAAGUUUUAUAACUGUACCGGCAGUACCAUGACGUAACGAUACUUCGAAAAAACGAUUGUGGUUAUGAUUCCAGAGUAUUACGCAAUAAGUGCUCUUCCAAACUGGCUCUUCAAUACUCACCAUGCGUUCAGUGUGUUUUAGUUGUGUACUAAUGGAGUCCGCUUGAGCGUGGAUCUUUUAUCUCGGAUGAUUAACAUCUCGAAAAUCAGACACUCUAGUUUCCCUCUGCAUCUCUUGAGGAUUUUAAUUCCAUUCGUGCGACACCUUAAUUUAUUUGUUAUUUGUCCAUUUUCACGCUUAAAUUUUACAUGUACUUUUCUCACUUUCUUUUUCUAUAUAUAUUUCCACGAAUCAUGUUAAUUUCUCAUCUUUUGGUAAUAGGGAGCUUAAAGCACCGAUUUGUUUGAGCAGCGUUCGUCAACCGGAAGUGGACUUUUUUGUACUCUUGAGCCAGAUUUUGAACAAAUUUUUGGUCAAAUCGAAAAGACACUUAGCAAUACAAAUUUGGUAGCGUGAAGGCAUAUUAAAAGAGAAAAAGGCUCACUUCCGAACGAGCUAUAACUCCCUUAAGAUGACAUGGAGCCAUCGAAACUCCAAGUUUCUUUUAUACCGUUGAUUUUUGUUUUAAAAUAACUUUUCCUUUCAGAGCCUAAAUAAUGGAUCCCCCACCCACUGCACCACCCACGGCUCAACCGUAUUCCCCAGAGCAAGCGAUGUAUCCACCGGGGUACCUCCCGGGUCAGUAUCCAGUGGUAACUCAACAACCGGCACCGUAUGCACAACAGACUAGCAAUACCACUGUAGUGUUGAAUCAGCAAUCAGUAGUGGUUCAAAAGGCACAACGGAAUUGGAGCUCUGGACUGUGUGGUUGCUUUGAGGACUGUGGCUCUCGUAAGUAUUCUUUAAGUGGCACUCAAAUGAGUUAAUGUGGCGUUAAUAAUAGUAACUAAUUCACAUUCGCGUAAAAGCCAACUUAUGCCUUUUGAUGGAUAAGUUAUGGGUAAAAAAUUUUGCAUAGGGCAUAGGGUGGGCUGAUAGAGAAAAUUUGCCAGCGCCGCUGAAGGGGGCGAGGGUGGGGAAACUUGCUUGUCCGUUGUAGAGUAGACUUGCGAGAAGACGGCGAAUUUGUUUGCUAGAGCAUAUAAAAGGCCUAGGGAAUUUCCCUGGGUACCGUAAAGGACCAAUAGACUGCUUUACAAGGGAGCACGCAGUAAUCUAGUUGAUUAAAUCGUCAAGCGGCGGCUUUUACACGAAUGAGAAUAGUUAUAACUUUAUUUAUUAAGUGUUAGUAUUUCUUGCUCGAAUGUACUCAUUGAGGGCAGUAUUCAAUCACGUAUCCUAAUAGAUAAGGCUUCGCCAUUUUUACGUGGUUAUCCUAGUCACGUGAAGCGGUUUAUCCGUUUCCAAACCAUAGACAAUACCUUCUUACUCAGUUUUCUUAAGAUCCCAAGUAUUGGUCCGGAUCCGGAAAUCGAAUCCGCGACUUCCUGCUCUGCAAACAAACGCUCUUACCUGAGCUAACUCAGCCACGUUUAUAUUAUUUUGUUUGUGUUUCAAGUGUGUAUGGGCCUUUGUUGUCCUUUCUUCCUGCUGACCGAUGUUUCGUCCAGGAUGGGUGAAGGAUGUUGCUUUCCUUGCUGUUGCCCAGGUGCACUGUUGGGACUCAGGAUCAAGCUGAGGGUGCAGGAGAAUAUUCAGGUAUUCGAGAGGUUUCAAGAGCUUAAAGAACAACCUCUUUCUAGGGGACGAGUUUGCUUUAAGGAGCUUUGUCCCACAUCUAUGAAAAUUAAAUAAAGCCAUUUAAUAAAAAGAUGCCACCAAAAUGAAUUGAAUGAAGUAUGAAAAUAACCAAUUCAUCAAAACAGUAAAAGAACAUUUAAAUAACACUGCAGAAAACCUUUUUUACGGCACCCACUUGUUGAGCACAGUGCAAACCUGAGAAACCAACUUAUUAAGCCCUAAAUUUUAUGUUUUUUGCAGCUUCAAGGCGCUCUAGUGACGUGUGUUCUCGAAGCUUAUGUGAUUAUUACAUCACGGGAGCAGUCUGAUUUAGCCACCACUGCAAAAUUGUGGCAGUAUAACUUUUUAACUUUUUUUUUUAACUUUUUAAAAUAUAUUUGUUAAUUAUCGCCUCGACCACACCUUUAGACUUAAAAAGAACCUUUUACUUUGAAAGGAGGUAAUGAGGGCCAAUUUUCGUGAAGAGUUCUCUAUAAGAGAAUAAAGAAACAAUACCAAAAAGUUGCGUCUACAGCUGCGAUGAUGGUCUUUCAUUUAAUUCUUCACCCUACAUUUCUUGUAUGUGAUUUACAUAUAAUCAUUAUUUUAAUACCAAAAACAGGAUAAUUCACCCAUGACUGACUUCAUUUCAUACAAUUGCAGGGCUCCCUUUUUGACGAUUAUUGUGCGGUUGAGUGUUGUCCGCUUUGUGUUCUCUGUCAGCUGGCCCGUGAGCUUAAUCACGUGCAACGCCGCGGUUAA